AAGUACAGCUCGUACCAAUAUUGUAUUUGUAAAUAGAAUUGUUGAAAAGGAAUGCAUUAUGCUGUCCCCUAUACACACCGGCGUUAUUGAGUCUCCCUAAAGAUGUUUAUAGAAUACACCCACUCUAAGUGUACAUAGAACGGGACUCCAGGUAAAGUCAUGUAUAUCAAUAUUGUCACACCGAAUCAGAUCAAAUAGAACCCGAACAUGUCGUAAUUUAAACAUCUCGUAUUGGGCUUUAAACCUGAUGUUUUUAUCAUCGUAUAUAUGUAGAUAUCGGCAGAUAUAUUUGGGACGCAAGAUCAUCGAUGAAGUCAUACAUCUAGUUGUUGAACGAAAACUUGGACAGGACCAGAGUAAUUAUUACACAACUCACACAGGAAGAUUUGCGAUUUGACGGCUGGCCCAAGGAAUAUUGUUUUGUUGGAUAGAUACUUCUAAAGGAUUACUGAAUAAUAAGGUUCGAUGGAACAGGCCCAGUCCAGGACGCUGUGAUACUGCCGGGAGGGCGGGGGUACCGUGUCACAGGAGGCCACUGUAACCGGAUCUCCAUGGUUUAAAGUGUUAUUGAGAAGCAUCCAAAUGAAGAAUGCUUCGCGAUCUCUUAGUAGCAAAGGUCAUAGCCUUGGCGACCUUUUGGAAGCGUCCAUGAAAUUUGAGGCGCGUGCCAAGCGUCUGAAUGAAAAGGAAGCUGAAAAAAUGGAGAGAAUUCAAAGAAGUAUUGUAAGAAAUCAGCGCGUUAAUGACAACCUGCGGUCACGUGUCAUGGCUCGAACUGAAGCUUCUUUGAAAAACAUGACGGGAUUCCAACAGGUUUUGUCCAAAGAUUAUACCGUCAAAAAAUUCAAAACGAUGGAAAAAGGAUUCAACUUUAGGUAUAGAAUCAGGCCCGUUACACCUAAAACGGCAAGACAGUUAAAGCUUGAAACAAGGGCAUAUUACUCCGGACUGGACCGGAAGUGGUUUCAACCGGAAAUUGACCGUAAAAUGUACCAACAGGAUCCCAAAAAGGUUCAGAGGAUAUUACAAAAGGUGCUUAAGGAGGAGUGCGCAGAACAAAAUCAACUGUUGGACAGAAAUUUAUCGGAUGACGCCUUUCAGGAUGAAAUUCAUAACAGGCUGAACAAUAAAAAAGAAAUUAAAAUCGCCAGAUUCAACUAUAGUACAUGUAGCAAUAACCGCUAAUGACACCUGAAACCCAUUAUAGUAAAAAAAAAAAAAAAAAACGUAAUCC